AUGAAGUUACCAUCUCUGUGUUCGCAUAUCUGUUAUGCGACUGAGAACCCACUCAGCAGCGCAGAGGAGGAGGAGGAAGAUGAUGAGAAAAAUGUUCAUUUCUUGGAAGAAGAUGAAGAGGGCCCAAUUCUCCCUCGUAAACUCUCUUCCACGCCUAGCAGUGCAACAGAAAUCCGGGAGGCGUUUAAGGUGUUUGAUCGAGAUGGGAACGGCUUCAUCUCAAAGCAGGAGCUCGGCAUGGCCAUGCGUUCUCUAGGGUACAUGCCCAAUGAGGUCGAGCUAGAGGUCAUCAUUCAGAGACUCGACAUGGAUGGAGACGGCCAGGUGGAUUUUGAGGAAUUUGUUACUCUCCUGGGGCCCAAACUCACGGCUGCCGGGAUGCCUGACAAGUUCAACGGAACCGAUUUUGACUCUGUGUUCUGGAAGUGUGAUAUGCAGAAGCUGACUGUGGAAGAGCUGAAGAGACUCUUAUAUGAUACUUUCUGUGACCACCUGUCUAUGAAGGACAUUGAGAAUAUCAUCAUGACAGAGGAGAAUCACAUCGAAAAUCCUGGGGACUGCCAGGUUGACAUUGACACGGAGAGUCCAACCCAGCAGGUGAAGCAAACAUGCGUACGGAAGAGUCUGAUCUGCGCCUUCGCGAUUGCUUUCAUCAUCAGUGUCAUGCUCAUUGCAGCCAAUCAGGUGCUUCGCAGUGGCAUGAAGUAACGUAUGGACCGCUCACGACAUAGAUUCAAUUCAACAUAUGACAGUGACAAAAAUUGCUUAAAAAAAACAAUCACGCACACAUGCACAUUCAAACUGGAGCAACUGUAAAGUUCAUUUAAUUUACGUGAAAUCCAAAUGUGGUGACUGAAAUAUUUUUGAGACGAGCUACACUGGACAUGUUUUUUUUUUUAUUAUUAUUUGGCAGCAGUUUCAAAACAGAAUGCACACAAAUAUGUUAACGCACACAUACUGUGUCUUACCCCCAAUGAAAAGUACAGGAAAAGAGCGAAAGAGUAAUGGAUCCCCCCCGAAAAAGUUUCCCCUUCCUCUUCAGUGUGUUCUGGUUGAGUUUGGCCGCAUGGACAUCUCCAACCGAGGAUCAAUGCAUGACGAUGCAUGGAUUUACAAUAGCCUGGACGCACCAGUAGAGCUCAGCUGUGCAUCCAUUCACCUAGAAGAUCCCAAAACAAAUCUUACCGGAGAAGGACCCGAGUUGGAUAUGGAGCAGAGGCCGUUUCUGACAUUUUACAUCCAGUAUACUGAUCCCUUUGCAUGAGAAUAAGGGCUGUUUAGGGCAUGCUCAUGUCAUGCAAUGUUAGUCUUGUGUUUGUCGAGUAACUUUCGUGGAUUUUUACCUGUUGCACACGCCUGAGAUGAUUGUAGUAGUACUGCAUAUGGUCAAAGGGGGCGUGAAACAACCCAAAAGUAAUGCUAUACCACUAGUGACAUAGAGUAUUAAGUAUUAUUUCUCUUUUCACCUGAAAUACACUAUGCAUUUUCAGGCUUUCUGUUCUGAAUGAUCAACAACGCUCGUCGGUGCAAAUGUAACCGUUACAUUUUGCAAACAUUUGCACUGUAGUUAUCACGUAGGAGCUUUUGAAUUGAAAUGACACGACUGGCAGGCAAUUAUACCAAAUGAUUACGUAAGACACGGGAUAUAAGGAGUAUCUGAUUUGUGACAUAUCAGGAAACUAUUUAAUGGUUGUUUCUGAACCAAAUCGAUGUCCAUUUAAGCUCGUCGCCUAACCUAAAUGGAUGAUCAUGAUGUUUCUAUUAGUUUGCAGUGUAAGGAAUAUGUGUAUCAAUAUAAUCGGACAGCAAACACUGUGGUAUAUCAGUGUUUCACUUCGGUUUCAAAAUAUAUUGUUCAUAUGUCCAUAUGAAUGUGCCAUUUGUGACGUCGUUCAGUGUUUUUUCCUGGGAAACAGACGUUGGAUGACUUGAUGAUCAUGAAACGGAUUAUCUAAGGUGUGAAUAAUGUUUAAAAUGUGAAUGUCAGGGUUUGAAUAUGUAUCAGCUGUGUCAUUCUGUUAAAGGGCAUUUUCCAGGGCAUAACAUUAGUUUUCACCUCAGCCCAGGGCAUGAAUUGAUUUAGCUGUUAGUUACAGCACCAUGGAACUCUUACAUUUGGAUGUCCAGGUAUAAAUGAAAUAUGCAAUGGACGGAAACGCACGUCUAAGCGCUCACACAAGCACUACGGUCGAGUGACAGUCCAAGAGGAGUCACAGGACAACAGUGUACAGGUUUCCUCCAUUACACAGGCACAAUUACUUAUUCAUUAACAGAAAUGAGAAAGCUAAUAAUGUUAACCAGAGAAUAGCCUAUUAUUUAAGACUCGUCUAGAAUAGGCAGAAUAGCACUCGGCUGAUAAGGAAAUUCUCAUUAUAUCAUUAGCGGAUUGGCUGGUAACCCCAUCUCUCCCAGAUUUAUUUGUGCUUAGUAAAUCAGAUCCAACUGAAUUAAUUAUUCACAACAGCUGCUCAUAAAAAAAGAAUGGAAAAAAAAAAAAAAAAAACACAGAGCCUUUGCUGAAUGCUUAGAUGUAUCACA